CCACCGUGUAUCUCAUGGUAGCCGUGGUCGUUAUCUUCUUCAUCUAUGAUUACUGGACUCAUACGUAUUUCAAGAGGCUUGGUAUUCCGGGACCCCCUCCCAAACCCAUCUUUGGCAAUGCGUUGGACUUUAGUAAGCCCCUUUUCGAGGUUAUCGACGAGUACGAAAAUAAAUACGGUCCAGUUGUCGGUAUCUACAUGUGGAGGCGACCCCUGCUCCUGGUCAGAGACCUCGAUAUGCUACGUGAUAUCAUGGUCAAGGACCACCAUAGGUUCUACAAUAAAUUUCCAUUACCGAUGAGCUCAGGCAGUUUCGACAACGCCCUCUUCCUCUUGAGGGACGCACAAUGGAAGCGAGUUCGUGAUAUCAUGACACCAACCUUCACAGGAAAGAAAAUGAAAAUGAUGUCAGGUAUCCUCAAUGAAGGUGCAGACGAUAUGGUUGAGAAGCUACUACAAUCUUGUAAGGAGGACGGGAACAUCGAUUCACUUGAAUUGUUUGGAAGCUUUGCAAUGGACUCUGUAGCAAGCUGUGGGUUCGGUCUGAAGGUUAACUCGCAAAAAGACAAAGAUCACCCCUUCAUUACACACGGCAAGAGAUUCUUCGAAUUUUUUUUAAUUUUUAACUCUCCGCUUUUCAUGGCUGUGUCUUGCAUGCCUUGCCUGAGGCCUGUCUUCAAGUUCUUCAAUUUCACACUCUUCCCGAAAGACGUCAUUAAUUUCUUCACUGACGUCACAGAGAAGGCAGUCGCUCUGAGAGAAAGUCAUCCUUCCAAACAGAGAGUGGACUUUCUACAGCUCUUGAUUGAUGCCAAGAAUGGUAAAAGUAAAAUGGCGAAUGAAAACGACGAAGACGACAUUCAUAACAAAUACUUCAAAGACGCAGGAGCUGAUGAGAACAUUUUGAUCAAAACUCAGAAAUACAUGACAAGAGAGGAACUGCUUGCUCAGUCUAUGGUAUUCCUGGUUGCUGGCUACGAUACCACUGCAACCUUAUUGACCUUCGCCUCCUAUCUCCUGGCCUCUAACCCCGAUUGCCAAGACAAACUCAUUGCCGAGAUCGACGACAUCGCACCAAAACGUGAUGACGUCGGCUAUACGACGAUCUCCAAGAUGCCCUACUUGGACCAAGUAGUGUGUGAGGUGCUCAGGAUAUAUCCACCGGCGGUUGUGACUGAUCGGGAAUGCGGAGAGACGUGUUCUUACAAGGGUUAUAAGAUUGAGAAGGGUAUGCAGAUCUGGAUACCAGCCUACACUAUUCAACGUGAUCCGACCUACUGGCCCGAUCCCCUCAAGUUUAAUCCUGACAGAUUUACGAAGGAGAAUCGCGAGGGUCGCAACCCGUUCACCUGGUUGCCUUUCGGUGCAGGACCACGUGUCUGUAUCGGUAUGAGGUUCGCCCUCAUGGAAGCCAAAAUGGCGCUAGUCCGAUCCUUGCAAGUAGUCCGCUUCGAGAUUUCGCCCUUGACCAAGAUCCCACCAGAUGUCGGAUUAACUUCGCUCCUGUCGAAGAAAAGCAGCUACACCCUCAAGAUUACACAACGUCAUUGAGUACAAGCAGCAAAGCCAUACGUAGAGGGGUGCGGGCAUACGUCAUAGUUCAUAGCUUAUCUAGUGUUAAUUACAUCAAUUAUUUUAAACAUAACAUUGUAGGUGUCUUUUUGAUUGCUUAAUUGCUCGCUCCGCUCGCUCGCCCGCCUUAAUUAUAAAGAUAUUAUGUGGUCGUUUUUUUCUGAAAAGGGUGCCGUGACCGAAAAAAGGUUGAAAAACGAAAUUAGGGUGACAGUUUGCCGUUAUAUCUUACUAUCCGAAACCAAAACGGCCAUUCGUAUUAUGUCCUAAUAAUAAUAAUAAUAAUCUUUUA